CCUGCUUUCUCCUCUAUAUGAUACUCCAUCUUCCUAGCUAAAAGCCUUGCACAUACUGCAUUGUUUUAAUUUUGAUUCAAAUUAUCAUCUUCCUCGCCCGUGUUCUCUUUUUCAUCAAACUUGGAUUUGACAGGGUAGGUUCACGAUAAACAGGUACUUUUCCCAUAUUCAUCAGAUCAGCUAUUGCCAGAAUUCAACGGAUCAACUGUUGCCGGAGUAUUCAUUCUCUCCAAACCUCGCCUUUAUAAAGGCAAUUUCUGCAAAUCCAACAGAUCAGCUUUUGCCGGAGUGUUCAUUCUCUCCAAAUUUCUUUCUUCCGAGGAACCACUAUCGUGGAUCAUGGGUGAAGAAGCAACACAGUAUCACUACAAGUAAAAGAGUACAAAAGAGAGAGAGAGCACGAGACCCUAUAAAAUAAUUCCAAGGUCCAAAUGUAUCUAAAACUAAAAACACUUGAGAUCUUUUUUUUUUUUUUGGAAGCAUAACACUCGAGAUUUUAAAGAAGCACACAAAUGUCUUAUAAAAUCAAAAUUCCUAAAGUUUAGGAUAAUGUUAGAAUACUUCAGAAUUUUGCUAUACCCUCUUUUUCGUAUGGAUUGACCCACUAAAAUUUUAAAGCUAUUUAAUUGAACCAUUCCGUCUAGUUAGUGGUUAAAAAGCUGGGAACUUAUAAAACACAGCAGCACAUUGCAAUUAGUGGGGAACUUUUGUAACUUCGUUAAUGAAAAAUAGUGUGGCAGACUAAAUAGGACUUUAGGAAAAUUAAGUGAAUUUGAUGCUAUUUGUUGGCAAACUUCUUGGAAACUGAAGAAGAAUGGAAAAGAGAAAUAUCUUAAAAAAAGUUAAACACAACUAAUGCUCACAUUCUUAAUAAAUCUUUUGGGCUAGUAUUAAAAAUACUUUAGUAGGUGACCAUGUGAUUUUUCCUGUUUUUCCUACUAACUUUAAUCACAUGCCAAAUUAAAUGUUGCUUUUUAAAGAACAUACCAUUGCAGGUGAAAAAUACUGCCACAAACCCGAUUUGUCAAGUGACAAGAUCAUUACUUCAGAAAAGGAUGGUGCAAUGGCUGCUCCUUUAUCCGUUCGAAGAACCCACAGUCAAUUAAAUAUCCCUGAAGAGUGAAGACUCCGCUGACUAAAAAAGUCUUCAUGAUAAUUUCCUCAUUUUUGCAUUUUAGGCAGCUUCUUUUGUCGGUAAGGCAGCUUCGUCUUUCAUAAUCAAAUCGCUGUUUGGCCUUUUUCUUUAAAUUUCCAUCCUAUUGCUUUAGUUUUUUUCUUCCUUUUUGGACGAUUAUGGCUUCAUUUUCCCACUGAUUUCUUUCUUCUGAUUAGUGAUUACGAUAUACAUUUUCUAGCAUUUCAUCCUUAACUUUUUCACACGAUUUUGACAAUUCUUCUGUAGUAACAGGAUCAAGAUGACAAACCCUUACAAAAGAAUUAAAGAAUAUGAUGGUUUUAGUUGUUGUAGGAUUCAAGUAGCUCGAGUAAUUGACAUCCAAGUUAUGACUAGCAACAAGUUUCACCGGUCAAGCAGCCUCUCUUCCUUUCCUGAUAUUCCCAAGUUAAAGAAAAGGGCUGAAAAUGGCAGAAACAGUUCUCUCUUUUGUGUUAGAUCAGCUCUCAAUUUUUCUGCUUGAAGAGGGCAGAUUAUUGGGAGGGCUUCGCCAAGAGGUUCAACUCAUCAGCGAUGAGUUGGGGCACAUGAGAUCUUUCCUGGGAGUGGCAGAAACAAAGGAAGAAGAUGCAGAUCCCAGGAUGCAAGAAUGGAUCAAGCAAGUACGAGAAGCAGCUUAUGACACUGAAGAUGUUCUUGAUGAAUUCGUAGCUCGCUUUGCUCACCAUCAUGCAACAGGGUUCUAUGGCUCUGUUAGGAAAAUUUUCAACUCCGUGAAGACUUUGCGAGCUCGUCGUAAGGUUGCUGAGCAAAUACAGAGCAUCAAGGCCAGAGUAAAGAAUAUAUCUGAAGGGCAUCAGAGAUACCAAUCAGAAUUCGGCGGUACUACCCAAGCGGCGGAGUCUCUUGCUGCUGUUAACAACACAACAUGGCGCUAUAGCAGGGAUGAUGCACUUCUCGUGGAAGAAGCUGAACUAGUUGGCAUUGACCACCCCAAACAAAAGCUAAUUUCUCAACUACUCGAAGGGGAUGAUUCCCAGCUCAAAGUCGUUUCUGUGGUUGGCAUGGGAGGACUCGGAAAAACUACCUUAGUCAAAAAAGUCCACGAAGAUUUAGAUAUUAGAAGGCAUUUCCCAGUUCGUGCCUUUGUAACUGUCUCUCAACCAUGCAACUUCCAGGAGCUCCUGAAAGACUUGACUCGGCAGUUACACAAUGAUUUGAAGAAACCAGUUCCGGAAUCGAUUGAGGCAAUGACUGCAUUUCAGCUGAAACUAUGUGUUAAAGAUUUUCUUCAACAAGCUGGAAGGUAUGCAAUUGUGUUUGAUGAUGUAUGGGAUGUGGAAUUCUGGAAUGCGAUUAGAUUUGCACUGCCCGAAAAUGGCUAUGGCAAUCGCGUCAUGCUAACAACACGAAAAGCCGAUGUAGCCUCUGCAUCUUGCAACAAAUCUCAAGAUUAUGUCUUCAAAAUGGCGCCCCUGUCUUUCGAGGAUUCAUGGACCCUAUUUUGCAGCAAGAUCUUCAAAGGAAAUGGUUGUCCUGCCCAUCUAACAGACGUUGCAAAAGGUAUAUUGGGGAAAUGUGAGGGAUUGCCCCUUGCGGUUCUUGCAAUCAGUGGGCUUUUGGCUUUGAAAGACUUGAAUAUUGCAGAGGAAUGGGAGAUGGUUCGACGCAGCCUUGUGGGUGAAUUAGAAGGCUCUGGUAUGCUGGACAGGGUCAGAAAGAUACUGUCUCUCAGUUACAAUGAUCUACCUUGCCAUCUUAAGACCUGUUUGUUGUAUUUAAGCAUUUACCCAGAGGAUUAUGAAAUAGGUUGUCAUAGACUUGUUCAAUUAUGGUCAGCUGAAAGAUUUGUAGGUAAGAGAGAAGGAAUGACAACGAGAGAUAUAGGCUUCGAUUACCUCAGAGAACUGGUCAAUAGGAGCCUAAUUCAAGUGACCCAAAUUUUUUAUGAAGGAAUCCCCUACGCUUGUCGAAUCCAUGAUCUAGUGCGAGAAGUUGUUCUUUCCAAGGCAAGGGAACAAAAUAUGAUCGCAAUUACUACUGGACAAUGCACAAAGUGGCUAUCUGAGAAGGUACGUCGUUUGGUAGUCCAUAGUAGCAGCAACAACAACACCGAGCAGCACCAAGAAAGCCAAUGUUAUAGCUUUAACCACCUUCGAUCCUUUAUUACGAUUGAAUCCAUGAAUCCACUAAUAUCCAGAACCUUGUUAUCUGAAGUUUUGAAGAGUAGCAGAUUGUUAAAGGUUUUGGAUUUGAGUGAUGAAGAGACAUUGGAGAAAAUCCCAAAUGAGGUUUUCAACUUGUAUCAUCUCAGGCAUCUGAACCUAUGUAGGACAGGGGUUAAAGCAGUCCCGAAUUUCAUAGGAAAGCUUCGAAAUUUGGAGUAUUUGGGUUUGCGUGAAACUCAAGUCAAGGAAUUACCCGUGGAAAUCCUGAAGCUACAAAAGCUUGAGCAUCUUAUGGUAUUAAAAAAAGUUGAUGUUUCUGAUGAAAGUUAUGGAUAUCAUGGGUUUAAAGCUCCAUCAAAAUUGGGAGGGCUUCUUGCACUACAAUCAUUAACAACCAUAGAUGCGAGUAGCGGAUCCGUAAUAGUUAAAGAGAUAGGAGCAUUGACUCAGUUAAAACGAUUAGGGAUUUCAAAUCUGAGAAGAGAAGAUGGAAAGGUGCUCUGCUCCUCCCUUGCCACCCUCACUAGUCUUCGGCAACUAAACAUUGCUUCAAUUAGAAAUGAUGGUGCUGGUUAUGAGGUAAUGGAUCUGGAUCAUUAUCAUCAACAACAACAUUCUCUUUCAUCUUCGAUGCCUUCUUCAUUUCUCCAAUCUCUUCGUAUGCUAAUAUUGCGUGGCCGCUUAGAAAAGAUGCCACAAUGGAUAGCUCAUCUUCAAAGCUUGGUAAGAAUAGCCCUCCGCCAUUUGCCAAAUUUGGCAACUAUUCAAUUUUUUGGAUCUUACCAAGGAGAGGGGUUGUGUUUCAAGGCUGGAGGAUUCCCGAAGUUAAAGGAUUUGUGCCUAGAGAAAUUAGAGAAGUUAAAAUGGCUGAAAGUGGAGGAGGGUGCAUUACCCAAUCUCCACGUACUGUUUCUGGAUAGACUUCCAUUGCUAGAGGAGUUACCUUUGGGAAUUCAGCACUCAAGGAAUCUUCGAAAGCUGUAUUUGUCUGAGUUGAGUUCUCAACUGAUGGAGAAGCUAGAGAAUCUAAAUGAAGAGACUGAAGAUUAUAGAAAAAUUGCACACAUUUCUGAAGUUGUCAUUGUAUUGUGGACAGAUGAGGAGGGAUGGAGACUGCACCGGCUGUGGGGGAAGAAGAUGUAAAUAUUUCCUUCCUAUUUCUUUUCUUUUUUUUUUUUUGCACGUUUGUUUGUAACUUCUGAGUUUAUAAUUUGCUUUAUCUUUUAUCUUAUUGUAUAAAUAUUGUAUUGCAUAAUCUUGUUUAUAUAUGGUAUUGCACUCUA